AUGGAGUGUGGCUCUCAUCAACUCUGGACGGAAACCGAUCAUCCUUCACAACACGGCACGGAGACUCUGGGAAGUGUGCACGUUAGCGCCACUUUUGGUCUUGGUCCUCGUUCCGAGCCGUCCACGACGCCAGGGGAAACCUCCGAAGACGAGGUGAUUACCAUUAUAUCACCCGCACCCCAAGAUCGUUGGCCAACGCGGAAACGGUCACAAUCUCCGGAUCCUGUGGCGCCUGAGCGCUGCAUCAAGCGUCGCCGCCUUGGGGACGACGCUGACUAUCUAUCGGCUCCGGACACGGAGCUACGACACGAGCCAAAGAAGCUUCAAAGGCUUGUAGUGAAGACGGAGAAAGCGGCGAUGAGCGCUGCGGCUCUCUCUCAGGCCCUGAUGAGCGACCUGGAGAGGCUCGCCACCCCCAAUACGCAUGUUACUCGUUCGACAGUGGAAAGAUCCGAGGUUGAAGACCCACCCAGUUCUACACAGCAACAGGAUCCGAAGCUCUCCGUGAAACCUCCAGUAAUCCGGAUCAAUGGAGGAGAAUCCGAUCUUAAGGCGGUCGUUGCGGCGCUGCGACAGAUGGAGUCUGACGCUGCCAAAGGUACCCCGAACGGGGAAACCAUGGACGACAAGCUCCACUCCUACUACCGCGCGCUGCUCAGCUUUUUUUGCGGUGAGGAUGCGACCUGCUGCACAUGUCCGCGCAUCCAGAGCCGGGCCAACCCGGACACAGAGAGGUUGCUCCGCCCACGCAUGGGCGUCGACGAGCAGGGUCACGCCUUCGACGACAGAAGCCCAUGUCCGCCCCCGCCGUCGCAUGACCCCCGCCGUCGGUUCCAACUCACGAAGCGUGAGCAGGCCCUCCGGCUCCAUUUGGACUCCUACCGCCCAGCCCAAGCGCAGCUCGCGCGCGGCGGCUUCGGCACGAUGCCCAUGCCGAUCCAGCGCCGCACCGCGCCUGACUCGGAGUGGGCGCCGCUGUACGCGAGCUUUGGCGAGAUACCGUACACGACGCUGCUCGAGCUGCACCGCCGCAGGAAUUGGUGCGCGUACUGCGAACAGAAGGCCAUGCGCACGCUGCCGCGGUGGGUUGCGCAUGCGAAAGAAUUUGGGUAUGAGGGCGGGAAGAUGGUCUUUGUGAAUUACUCUUCGGACGCGCUGAUCGAGUGGGACGACGAGGAGAGGCGAUGGCGGCAUAUGGUGUUGCACCACCAUCGUUGGAUUCCGUUUGAAGAAUGGGAAGGGCGCCAACAGCUGGUGCCUGUGCCUGUGUCAAUGCCACAGGUCAAGUCAGCGCCCUCGCGGACAAUGUUGCGAUCGGAUGUCCGAUGGGGCGACCCGAUGUAA